AUGGAUGCUUCAGAUGAUUGGUGGGAGAAGAAGAUAUUGGAAAAUCCAUUAUACGGGAAAUUCAAACAUAAAGGAUUACCAUUUGCCAAUGAAUUAACCGAGUUGUUCCAAGGUGAAGAUGAAGAGGUGUAUCGGCCUGAUAUGGCAAAUGAGGGUAUUGAUUUGGAGGAAGGUUCAGGAGAUAGUGAUGAGAUCUUAGGAACUACUGGAGUAAGCGGUGAAUUUAAUAGAGUAGUUCUAAAUGCUUCUCAAGGAACCUUAAGUGGAAGCAGUGGUAAGAGGAAGAGGGGCGAAAGCAGUAACAGUAGAAAGAAGAACAAGUUACCUAGUACAAGUCAAAUAGCAGAUGCAAUGAGUGUGAUAAGCAAUAUUAGCCAUUCUUUAAAAAUGCCAUUGGAGCAAUUGAUGGCACACAUAUUCCAUGUGUAG